AUGCACAGGAUACAUCUCGAGGAUGAGUCUAAGUCCUCCAUAGAGCAUCAAAGGAGACUAAAUCCAAACCUGAAAGAUGUGGUGAAGAAGGAGAUAAUGAAACUCUUGGAAGCUGGAGUGAUAUACCCUAUCUCGGACAGUACAUGGGUGAGCCCGGUCCACGUAGUUCCAAAGAAAGGAGGAGUGACGGUCAUAAGGAACGAGAAUGAAGAGCUCAUACCCACCAGAACGAUCACUGGCCACCGGAUGUGUAUCGACUAUCGUAAACUCAAUGCCGCGACCAGAAAAGACCAUUUUCCCUUACCUUUUAUAGAUCAAAUGCUUGAAAGGCUUGCUAACCAUCCUUACUAUUGUUUCUUAGAUGGUUACUCAGGUUUUUUCCAAAUCCCAAUCCAUCCCGACGACCAAGAGAAGACAACAUUCACAUGUCCAUAUGGAACGUUCGCGUAUAGGCGAAUGCCUUUUGGCUUGUGUAAUGCACCGGCUACGUUUCAAAGAUGCAUGAUGUCAAUCUUCACGGACUACAUAGAAGACAUAAUGGAGUGCCAUUUCAUGGUGAGAGAUGGGAUCGUGCUCGGUCAUAGAAUCUCGGAGAGAGGCAUUGAGGUUGACAAAGCCAAGAUCGAGGUAAUGGUGAACUUGGAACCGCCCAAGAACGUCAAAGGAGUAAGAAGCUUCCUAGGGCACGCGGGAUUUUAUAGGAGGUUCAUAAAAGACUUCUCCAAGAUAGCGCGCCCUCUCACUCAGUUACUUUGCAAAGAAGUGGCGUUUGAAUUCAGUGGAGAAUGCCUCGCGGCGUUCAAGAAAAUCAAAGAGGCUCUCAUUAGCGCGCCGAUCGUACAAUCACCGGAUUGGGAGCUUCCUUUUGAGAUUAUGUGCGACGCAAGCGACUACGCCGUUGGAGCUGUGCUAGGCCAAAGGAAAGAGAAGAAACUCCACGUCAUAUACUAUGCAAGCCGGACCCUCGACGAAGCACAAUGCAACUAUGCCACCACGGAGAAGGAGUUAUUGGCGAUUGUCUUUGCAUUCGAGAAGUUUCGCUCAUAUCUCGUUGGCUCCAAGGUUAUAGUGCAUACCGAUCACGCGGCUCUCAAGUAUCUGCUGUCAAAGAAAGAUGCAAAGCCAAGACUUAUACGCUGGAUACUUCUUUUGCAAGAAUUUGACCUAAAGAUCAUCGAUAGGAAAGGCGCGGAGAAUGGCGUGGCCGACCAUCUUUCAAGAAUGAGAAUCGAAGAGAGCAUACCUAUAGAUGACUCAUUACCAGAGGAAACGGUCUAUGCGGUCAGCGCAGUACCUAUGUCGAGGAAAGAGACCCACCAAAGAGCCACGGAGAGGAGAAAUGCCUUUGGCGCGCCUUGGUAUCGUCAUAUAGCCAACUAUCUCGCGGCCGACAUAGAGCCUCCAAACUUCUAUGGAUACAAGAAGAAGAAAUUCUUGAAAGACAUCAGAUUUUACUUCUGGGACGAGCCAUACCUCUACAAGAAGUGCCAAGACGGAUUGUUUAGAAAAUGCGUGCCGGAGGAAGAGAUAGCCGGGAUUCUCCAUGGAUGUCACGGAUCAGCUUACGCAGGUCAUUUUGCUACGUUCAAGACAGUCUCUAAGGUCUUGCAAGCGGGUUUUUGGUGGCCUACAAUGUUUAAAGACGCUCAAGCAUUCAUCUCACGUUGUGAUGCUUGCCAAAGAAUGGGGAACAUAAGCAAAAGGAAUGAAAUGCCGCAAAACUUUAUCUUGGAAGUUGAGGUGUUCGAUGUUUGGGGAAUUGAUUUCAUGGGACCCUUCCCCACAUCCUUUGGAGAUCAAUACAUCCUAGUAGCAGUGGACUAUGUCUCCAAGUGGGUUGAGGCAAUAGCAGCUCCAACAAAUGACUCGAGCGUGGUGAUAAAAAUGUUCAAAUCUAUCAUAUUCCCAAGAUUUGGAGUUCCAAGAGUUGUGAUAAGUGAUGGAGGCUCACACUUCAUCAAUCGGAUCUUUGCAAACCUUCUAAAGAAAUAUGGAGUGCGGCACAAGAACGCUUUCAAAACACCUCUCGGGACAACUCCAUUUCAUCUUGUCUAUGGCAAAGCGUGCCAUCUACCGGUGGAACUAGAGUACAAGGCAGCUUGGGCGGUCAAGGAGCUAAACUUUAACCUUAAAACCGCAGCGGAGAGGCGCCUGAUCCAACUGAACGAGCUUGAGGAGAUAAGACACUUGGCUUACGAGAACACCAAAAUCUACAAAGAAAAGACCAAAGCUCUCCAUGAUAGGAAGAUAGUGCCUAAGUCUUUCGCCGCUAACGACCAGGUUCUGCUUUUCAACUCAAGACUCAAGCUUUUUCCCGGCAAACUACGCUCAAGAUGGUCUGGCCCGUUCAAGAUAAAAGAAGUCAAGCCAUAUGGAGCAGUGGUUCUUUGGGACCCUAGUGGAGGAGACUUCACCGUAAACGGUCAGAGGCUAAAACCAUACCUAGCCAACUCGGAAAAGGGAGUAGAGGAAAUCAUACCCUUGGCCGAUGCACCACAAGAAUAA